AUGCAUUCUGCUGUAAAAUAUUUAAGUCAAUGUGCAACAAUUUUCCAAUUAUUUGGUCAUCAAUAUUUCUCGGUUAAAAAUUUGUCUGAUGAGAAUUUGAAUCGUCAACCAACAAUUGGUUACAAAAUUUAUUUCACUUUAUUGUUCUCAUUAUUAGUGAUCUUGUCGACAAUCAUGGUAGCUUUAUUAAGUGCAGAUUACAAGGUUGAUAAAAUCACUGCUAAGGUGAUAUUCAGUGCUGCUGUUACUCAUUCAAUGUUGGCUUGUCUAAUUCUUAUAAUUGUGAUGAGUUUUGUUCAAUCAUUUACCACAACUUCAAAGUUAAUAAACUACCACAUCGAAGUGCUGAUAACUUUGAUGAGUCAAACUGACAAAAAUUUGAUUCAAGUCUCAAUUAUCAACAAAAAAUCCUUAAAUCCUCGUCUGAAGUUGUAUGGGAAAAUUAAUUAUUUGAAGACUAUUUACGAUAUUUUAUAUGAAAAUUCUAUGCUCGUAAAUGAAUGUUUUGGGACAACAAUCUUAGUAGUAAUUAUAAAUAUGAUAAAUAAUUUCAUAGCCUGCAUCAAUAAUUUUGAGUGUGACCGCUAUCAAGAGAUUGAUUACAUAACUAAUGAACUUCUUAAAAGAUUUUACUUGCAACUGAUUUAUCAACCAAUUCGGUUCACUACGGGUGGUUUCUAUACAAUAAAUUUGGGACUUUUAACUUCUGCAUUGUAUCAUAUUUGA